GAUUGUAUAAUUAAGCUCAAAGUGUAGGGUAUUAUUUUGGUGUGUGCGGUGCAACCGAAGAAUCAAACAAAAUUCGCUCAAUUCGUGAUUGCUGCCCACAGUCAAACGGCGUGCGUGUGUGUGUGUGUGUUUACGCUUCUCACAUCGGCUGGUCGUCGAAAGAACAACAACAAUGCACGAAAAAAGAGCUUCAGUCAGCAAUUUUUUUAUAUUUUUUUCUUGUAUUGUGUUUCCAACGAGCACACCAACACAAACACUCGCCGAGCGUGGAGCGCUUUAAAACAGAAACUGAAAAAUUACAGUAGCCGAACAGCACUCAGAACAACAACACCCAGCUGAAAUUAUAUGGCGAGAGGCGAGGCGAGCGCGAAUUAAAGUAAAUCGCAAAUAAUAAAAAAUCGUGGAAUCUGUUAAUCGGGAAAGGGAAUCCUAAAACGUGAUUCGAUUCGGCCUCUUUGUUUCCAGUUUCCAGUUCAAGGAAGUGUGGAAAGCUAGCUUGCCCUUUCCACUGGAAAGUCACUACUAAAAUCUAGCAGUUGAGAAGAAGAAGAAGCUCAAGGCUAAACUAUUUGGAAAUACAAGGAAGUCCCCGUUUUUUGAUAUUCGCUGGGCGGAUAUAACUUAUCGGGCGAGUAAAUAUGGCGGCGCCUAUCGCUCUGUUUGUUGUUGUUGUUGCACUUGUGUUUUGUGGAAAUACGAAAUCGGCAUCGGCCGAGAAAUGGAUGCAUCCACGCGUUCCCACACUGGAAGUGGACGCCCUGCGCACCGAGUAUAUUGCCCUGGAACGCUCCCUGUGGGAUUAUCUGGCCAAAACGGCCAAUAGCCAGAAUAAUAAGGAGACGCAGAUAAGGAAAGUGUACGAUUCGCAUCGGGAUUUCGAUUCGAAGACGCUCAUGGGUCGCAACUUUGAGGAGCAUCGCUACGAGAUCCUCAAUCACUAUGAAUGGACACUGCUGGAAAAGGAUCUCAUCUAUAUCAGCAAGCUAUACGAGGCCUACAAGGACACCUUUGUCAAGCAGAACAACAGCGGUCAACUGGAUGAACUGGCCGUUUUAAAUCUCGCCAGGGCCAUCCUGCAAAACGAUAACACCGCCUCGAUACCACGCAUCCUGCAGGAAAUCGAACGAGUGAUGGUUGCCCAGACCCUCUACUACCGGGCCAUGAUAGUGUCCACCAAUCAGAUUUGCAAUACGAUGCAAUCGGCCCAGCAGUUCAUAUACUCGCUAUAUGCCGACAUAGCCCUCACCGAACUGAAAGCCUACACCAUGAUGGAGUUCUCGUGGAUGAUGUUGCGGGUCUACGGCAAGGGCAACUACACCCAGGAGGCGGAUCUCAUGCGAUCGGAUUACGAGAAGCGGACGGAACGCACACUAAAAGUGCUCAAGGAUGUAAUGCUGCGAGCGGAUCGUAUUGUCUAUCGCUGCGAUCCGGCGAAGCAUGUAGCAGGUGUAACCUACGACGAGGUCACGCGACUCCUGCAGGGCUACAUCGAGAACGAGGUGGAUCUGAAUAACGAGGAGACGUGCCGCGAGACCUGCGGCUUCUAUCAGUCCACCCGCAGCGAGGGCUGCUUCAAGGAUCUCUACUGUUCCCGCCAGCCAAAGUGCACGGGUCGCCUGUACAACUGCCAGUUCGUCGACUCCGACAUGUGGGUGUGUCCGUCGCCGCAGAACAGCGUCCGGCGCUACGAGUUCAUCGAGUACGAGAACGGACGCGUCCUUGGGCAGCGCGGCAAGUGCACCAGGGGCACCACCAAGGUGGACAGCUGGUGGCGAUACCUCCUCUGGCACUGCAGCUACUGCUUCUGCCUGUGCGAUGAGCAGGGUCUCAAGUCGGAUCGCUUCUUCAACCUACGCGACACGAUCGCCGAUGUGAAGCGCAACAGAAUCGUGACUGGCCUGCGUUUCGUGAAGAAAAACCGCAUCUUUCACCUGCAAAUCCAGGAGGGCGAACUCCUGCCUCGCGGCGCCGUCAAUCAGAGCACUCUGGAGUGGAAGCCCGUGGAGACGUACAACUUCUUCGAUCGGGACGUGAAAAAGGGCGUCGACUAUCACAUGCUCAGCUACGAGAGUCGCUCCAUCGAUCUGGACGACGUGGACACGGAUGACAAUAGCUUUGUGAUCACCGGCGUGCGGUUCCGUGUGAUUGGCACUCAUCUAAAUUUGGAGGCCUACUACAGCGAGUUCGACUUCAAGACGGGCCAGCUCAUCCAGCCGGAGAGCAACAGCUAUUGGAAGUCCAACGAUAAUACCGAUGUCAGCGGGGCACGCAGGGAGAAACUGCGCCUGGAUAACGCGGACGUGUCCACGCGGACAAUCACCCACUCGAUACCUCUGUCGCGCCACAAUCAGUGCAUCGACUUCACCAACACGGGCCUGGACAAGGAUGCCGCCCAGAGCACCGUGCCCUUCGUGGACAUUCAGGACGUGAUCUCGAAUCCACCAGUUCCACUGGCCGGCAUUGGCAUCUACUACAAGGGCCGCAACGGCUACGGCGGCUUCUUGGGCCCCAAGAUCAUCACCUACGACUUCACGCCCCACGUUCAGGUGCCAAAGAAGAAGUUCUAGAGGGUGCUGUUCCAACCCGCACACAUAUGUCAUAGCUUUCUUAGUUUUACACUACCUAUCAAUACACACUUGCAAUUACUGUCGCGUAGUCUAAGUGAGAGACCGAAGGAGGAGGACGCAGAAUCAGGCGAGACAAAAGAAUAUAACUAAAAUUAUAUUGGAAUUUAGCCAUACGAAAAGAGAAACAAAUAAAGAGAACCGAGAGAAACGAA